AUGGCUUCAAUGAAGAUGUUUCAGAUUCAGUUCCACACAGGUUUUGUACCUCGAAAUGCCACCACAGUGAAAUUUGCCAAAUAUGAUCUGGAUGCCUGUGAUAUACAAGAAAAAUAUCCUGAUUUAUUUCAAGUCAAUCUGGAAGUAGAGGUGGAGCCCAGAGAUAGACCUAGCUGUGAGCAGCCACCGUGGGAUAACAUGAAUAUAAAGGGACUGAAUCCCAAGAUUCUUUUCUCUACCCGAGAGGAACAACAAGAGAUUUUAUCAAAAUUUGGGAAACCUGAACUGCCUAGACAACCAGGUUCAACUGCACAAUAUGAAGCAGAAGUAUCCCAGCUGGAGCAAUCUUCAGAAAGUGCACCUACUGAGACAGAAUCCCCACACAGCAGUAGUACCGAUGCAAAUAACUUCUUUAUUUCUCUGGACUGGAAAGAAGGAAAAAGUCCAGAAAGUGGAGUAGAGGACAGUUCAUCUAAAAAUGAUCGUGUUCAGCUAUCUGAUGACAGAGAUGAGAGUGAUCCUUCAGAUGAAGAAUUCUCUACAUUUCCAGGUGAAGAAAGCACAGUAAUUGUUGAUGAAAAAGACUCUACUUCAGAGGGAGAGUUGCUUUUUGAAGUGCCAUUACAAAAGUCUCUCCCUGAAGAGAAUGUAGACUUACUGGGACUGAACUCUGAUAAUUCACCAGCACAGAAACAACCUAUUUCAGAAAUAAACUCUUCAUCAAGUAAUGCAGACUUGUUGAACAAUCUGUUUGUGAGUAAUGCAUCACAGAUUUCAGAAGAGCCCACUGGAGAUCUUCUUGGACAAGGAGCAGAUUUCUUUUUCAGCAGUCAGUGUCCAGCUGCUACUCAGGGUACAUCUUCAGCAGCAGCCAUGUCUUCAGCUGAUCCGUUUGACCCAUUCACAAUGUCAUCGAAUUCAGAGAAUCAAACCCUGCCUGGUUCAGACCUCUUUGGGGACUUUCUUAAUCCAAGCUCAACAUCUACAGCUAGUACAGUUCCUUCUACACACAGUUCACUUCCACCUUCUUCCAGCUCAGAUUUCUUAAAUUUAG